UAGCGGUCAGCGUGGUGACGAGAUCCCCGGCUGAGAGAUGGCCUUCUUCAAGAGUUUCCAGCAGAACCUCCCAUCUGUUAACAUCUCCUCCAUCUUGGACUCGGUCACCAGUCGCGUGGACGACUUGGCCAACGCUGUCAGCGAUGCCACCUACGCCGUCAGCGACCAGCUCUCCGAGCAGGUCACCACUGUCAUCAAGAAGGUGCACGAGGAGGAAGACGGGGAAAGCACCGGCGGAGGGCAGGGGACUACUCAGACGUCCACCGCACAGGAAGGGAAGGGCGGUGGGAAAAGCAUAUGGCAAAUGACCAGAGACGUUGAAACAAGCAGCACGGCUUCAAAAAACAGUGAUUCAGCGGAGGCCGAGCGCACACAGAGCCAGCUGGAGUGGGAAUGGAGGGAUGGCUGCUGGCGCGUUAAAAAGACGGAAGCUGAGUUGGCAGAGGAAGAGAGGAAGAAGAAAGAGGAGAAGGAACUGCAGGAGAAGAGAGAGCAGAGGAGGAGAGAGAGGAGGGAGAAGCAGCUAGAGAAAGAGGCUCAGAGAAAGAAAGAGGAAGAGCAAGAGGGAGAGGGAGAGGAAGAAGCUGAUGAGAAAACAGAUGAGGGUCUUGCACAAGGCAGAAAGAUGAGUGAGAGCGAAGACCAAUCAGCUGCUCAGCAGGGGGGUGAAGACUGUGAUGAGGCUCCUCAUUCACCUGAAACUGAAAGCAGGGCGAAAGAGAAAAAGUCAAAAGAGGAGGGAGAAGAGGAGGAAGAGGUGGAGAACAGUGUGGAGAGAGAGGGGGACGAUGAGGAAGAGGCUGAGCUUCCUGUGCCUCCGUCAACGGUAAAGAAGAAAAAGUCAGACAAGAAGAAGAAAAAGGGAAAAGACGCAAAAGAGGAUUCAAAGAAUCCAGGAAAAGCCUCAGAUGUGGCCAAAAAGAAGGAGAAAGGAAAGAAGAGCAAGAAGAAAAAGAAAGGCAACCAAGAGGGAGUGUUAUCAGACAGCGAGGAGGACAGAGGCCUGGAGGCGACGGCCCAGCAGAACACAACAUCUGCGUGGAGCAGCGAACACAAACAGCCCACUGAGCAGGGAGGAUACAGCAGCGAGGCCUCCAGCGAGCACGCCAACAGCAUCCAGAGGAUCAAGAAGGAUUCCUCUCUCAACGAGCUCCAGCCUCCUCCGUACCAGGACAAGGCCUCGGCUCCCCGCGUGUCCUCUCGCUCGGAGCGAGGUGUUCGGAGGGGGUCGUCCCCGCAGCGCUGUGACAGCCCCCGCGGCUCCAGUGAGGCCAGUGUGGACCAGGACACUGAGAGCUACCUCAACAAAGGCUGUGAGGAGGAUAUACCCAGUGACAGCACAGCUGUUCUGGGACCUGAGGAUGGCUGUGGUCUCCAGCUCCCCACGGCCUACGAGCCAGAGCCCCUUGCCAAAUACGGAACGCUGGACGUCGCCUUCGAGUACGACUCCAGUGAGCAGUGGUUGGCCGUCACGGUCACCGCGGCAACAGACAUCCCUGCCCUCAAACAGACGGGGAACAUCUCGUGGCAGGUCCACCUGGUGCUGCUGCCAACCAAGAAACAACGGGCCAAGACCGGCGUACAGAAGGGCCCGUGUCCCAUCUUCACAGAAACAUUCAAGUUCUCCAGAGUGGAACAGGAGGCGCUGGGGGACUACGCCGUCCGCUUCCGCCUGUACAGCAUCAGGCGGAUGAAAAAAGAGAAGGUCCUGGGAGAGAAGGUGUUCUACCUGACUAAGCUCAACCUUCAGGGCAAGAUCGCUCUUCCUGUCACGCUGGAGCCCGGCUCUGAACUCGCUGGUUGCGGCUCUGUGGUGAGCGUGUCCCGCAGCGCAGGAGCUCUGACCUACCGCUCCACCGAAGACUCGUCCCUGCCCGAGAUCCUCCUGGGUCUCAUCUACAACUCUGCCACGGGACGGUUAUCUGCUGAGGUCAUCCAGGGAAGCCACUUCAAAACCACAGCGUCCGAUAAGCCCGUCAAUGGUCUGUUUUGUUGUAUAAAACACUUUGUAGGGGGACAGCUUUAUAUCAUGAGAGACACCUAUGUGAAGCUGACCAUGCUGGACUCCAAGGGGAAGGAGAUGUCCAAGUGCAAGACGGCCGUGUGCCGCGGGCAGCCCAACCCCACCUACAAGGAGACGUUCAUGUUCCAGGUGGCGCUCUUCCAGCUGUCCGAGGUGUCCCUGGUGGUGUCGGUGUUCUGCCGCCGCAGCAGCAUGAAGCCCAGGGAGAGGCUGGGCUGCGUGUCCCUGGGCCUCAACAGCACCGGCGAGGAGCAGCAGGCCCACUGGACGGAGAUGAAGGACGCAGAGGGCCAGCAGGUCUGCCACUGGCACACGCUCAGUGACACAUAGGACGGAGAUUUACAAAGACUCAUUUUGACAGCAUUCCCUGGACGCUCAGAGCUGGAGGCAGAGCUGCAGGCACCGUGUGAGACGUGUGUGUGUGUGUGUGUGUGUGUGUGUGUGUGUGAGGACAGGCUUGGGCUCCUAUCUUCACUGCCAGAGACGAGUACCCUUUAAUCUGCCACUUCCCUCUAAGGCAGACUCCCUGACUGUACAAGUGAUGGUGUCAACUCCAGCUCCGGCCUCUUUAUUGACAGGAACAAACUAGAAAUGACUUCAUAACAACCGAACUAACCAAGAGCAGACGUUUUCCACUGACUCGAGCUGAAUCUGCAUGUACUCACUGUUUACAGGACAAUGUUGUUACAAAAACAUUUUUCCGUCUGUGAAACUUGGACCAAAGAGCUCGAUCCAGGACGAACAAACGACAUCUCUGGACUUCAGCUGCCACCAGCAUACCAGACAUUUCUCUAGCAGUCGCAGCCAUUGACAAAAAGAGAAUGCAAAGACUGUUACUAAAGGCCUACUACAUGCUGCAGCUAUGCCCCCAAGCUAUGCUUUCAACCGUUUGUUUACAUGCACAUGACAUUAUGCAAGAUCCAUUCAUCUGUGUUCCCCCGUUUUUAUGUUUUUGGAUGAUCAGUCAAAGCGUUUACCAGUUGUUGGGGGUAUGUGUUAGUCAAAGACAGAUUUUUUUUCAGCGUGGUCUUGCAUAACUCUGUACACUAUGCAUCUGACGCCACUUUAAACGAGACGACCGAAAGUCCGGUCUAGUGCUCGCUGAGUCCGACGGGAUUGGACGCAGCAGCCCUGCAUGCCACCGGUAUCAAAGAGCAGCUUGCUUUCCUGUGAAAUACAGAUUGAGCCUGUUUUACCAUGCAGCCUUCUGACAACUCAGCCAUGUUCAUUCAUGUAGAAACACGGUGCUUCCCGCUGAGGAGGACUAUGCAAAAGCCUGCGCAGUCCAAUAAAGCCGACAGUUUCUCUGAGGCUGUGCUGGUGACAGCCUCAGCCGCGCUCCCUAUGAAGUGGGAAGAAUUCAAAUACAGGAAAGGGUAAAUCGUAUUUGCUCAUCAUUAUAAGACUUAAUCAAACGAGAAUGAACGCUGAGAAAUCUGCGCUUUCACCUGGAACAAAGUGUCGGCAUCAAAUAAAAGCUAUGAACCCCCUCCCCUUAAAAAGACGGCACCACCGCACCCACCAGUAAAAAUCGAACCCUCUCCCCUCCUGAAGCUGAGGAGAGUAGGAUGCACUCUUCUUUCUCUUUACCCCUGUGAUGUCACAUUUCAACCCAUCAUCUGGGUUAGAUGCUGCAGCUCGUCCCUUCAGUCCUCUGAUUCAUCAUGAGAGUAUUUCAAAAGAUUUGAUGAAAACCAGAUUUCUAUCAUUCCUGCUACAUAAACAAUUGGCUCAACAGGGAAUAACAGCCACUGGGGGGGGCUUCUAACACAAGCUGGGCUCGGGUAAGUUUUGCUCUCAGCACAGUUUGUGCAUAAACCAGCCUUUAAAAGCAUUAAAUUAUGAGAUUAAGGAUGAAGAGGGGAAGCAGAAGCUACCAGUCUUGUUGUCACUUCGAGUCUCCAGAGAUUUACGGCUGAAACACAAUCCCCCUCGUAAAAACCACACAUUUUUACGUCCCCCUUUUUUUCCUCCUUGAGAUAAACGAGAUGUAAUGUGUUAAUAAUUGAGCUUCAGAGGUGCAGCUCAGGCAGAUUUUAUUAACUGUGGACAGAACCUCACUUUGAGCUGCGUAUUCAAUGGAUUCAUAUCCUUUAAAAUAUUACGUGCAUUCCAAGGUUGAAUCUAACUGAAUAAAAGGUGCAGCGUGUGUCAUUCAGCUCCACAGCAGCAUGCCAUUCAAACAGGAAGGUAGUUUUAUAUAUGUUCUGAGUAUGUGGGUGAGUACUAAUGGUUCUCAGUACUAUUCAUGUACUAAAUGAUACAUAUGAAAUGCAGUAGUUUUGUGUAGAGACAGUAAAAUCCACCAACAGAACCUCUGACCCUCACAAACGAACACGUCUGAACAUGGGAACGAGAAGAGUAUAUCUGUCUUCCAUUUCAUUUGUAAUUACCAUCUACGCACGUUUGCCGCCCGCACUUAUCAGCAUGGUACUAAAGUCUCAAUUCUAUGCUUCUAUCGUCUUCCAACAUUACUUCCAUUUCAGCUAAUUUCCUAUUUUUCAUCCCUAUUUAUAUAUUUAUACAUCAUAUCAAUUUUUCUUAUGAACUAUUCCUGGAGACUUAAAGAUUGUAAGCAAAAUAAAAUGGGCGUUUAAAAGAAAUGAUGUACUGUGUGUUCUAACAGAAAAUCAUAACACAGAAUAAACGAAGGGUUUUUAUUUCCGAUUGGCUGAUUCCCUCUGAGUGAAAGUGUGAUGAAUCAUGUGACGACUCAA